AUGGCACCUCCUGAACCUCCUGCAUACGAUCCUACCGGAAUUGAGUAUCAUACUAUUCCGAGCUUCACGUUCGCCUCUGGGACAACUUUACAUGACCUUAGGAUCGCAUACCGCUCUCACAAUAGCUCGUCCAGUCAUGGCACAGUGCUCAUACCAACCUGCUUUUCAGGCCACAUCAAUACGACCUUGACCUUUAAUCAAAACGAAAAUGCGGCUCUUGCUGCCUAUCAUGUUGUGGUCGUGGCCAUGCUCAGCAACGGAGAGUCAUCGAGUCCGUCGAAUAAAGCUUUCUUUCCAGCUCCGGGAGAACUGCAUUACGAGGACCAAAUUCAUGCUCAAUACGAUCUGCUCACCAAAGGCUUAGGUGUCAAACAGCUCGAGGCAGUCAUUGGCUUCUCCAUGGGAGGACAACAAGCGUAUCAUUGGGCAGUGAUGUAUCCCGAAUGUGUGAAACGUGUUGUCUGCAUCUGCACGAGUGCGAGAACUAGUCCGCACAACUACGCCUUCCUAGAAGGACCCAUUGCAGCCAUGACAAGCAGUAUUGACUACAUAGCAUGGAAGCAGAUCAAGCAACGUAUCGCUCAAGGUGAUGACGUGGGUGCAAACCUGAAAGAGGUGAGGCCCAAGAAAGGUCUAGCUGCUUGGGCAAGAGCCUAUGCGGCAUGGCUGACAAGUGCCAAAUGGUUUCGUGAUAAGGAGUGGUCAAAGAUAGGCUGCAACGGCGUGGAAGAGUACAUGCAGGCUCGAGAAUUGGGCUAUGCUCGUUGGGAUGCAGAUGACCUUGUCACAAAGGCGCGAAUGUGGCAGAUGGCCAAUAUAGGUAAGACAAAGAAAAGGGAGGUCACUCAGCUAGGCUGUCUCGUUGAUCACCUGGAUGAUGAAGCAUAUAAGCAGGCAUUGCGGAGCAUUAAAGCCAAGGUCCUCUUAAUGCCAUGCAGAACUGACCAGUAUUUUCCACCAGAGGAUAGUGAGGUCGAGAUGAAAAGCCUCGAACAUGGCACUCUCGCAGUGAUUGAGUCGUCGUGGGGUCAUACUGCAGGAGGAGGUGCAAACCCGGAAGAUGCAAAAUUCAUGAACACCAAGAUAGCAGAGCAUAUGAGACGUUGA